UAUUACAUUAGCAAAUUACAAAAAGUAUCGGGCACUGCCGCUUGGUUAUUUUCGAUCCCUCCCAGGCUCCGACUUCUUUGAUCGAAAGCUCGUCAGUUCUGAAUCCAUGGAAGCCCUUCCCACGGUUCACAACAGCCACCAAUCUCUCUGCUCUUCAUUUCACUACUCUUCCCCCUCCCCAACACAAUCCACCUGUUGUUCUCUCCUUCGCACACCACUUUCUCCGCCCUCCUCCUCAUCGCCUCCAUCUUCUUCUAUCAGAGCCUCUUCUUCCUCUCAUUCUAAUUCUUUACCGUCACCUCCUUCCUCCGACCCUCCUCAACAAAAUUUUCAAUACUUAGUUCCCUCCCUCGCCACCGUAACUGCAGCAUCGGCGUUUUUGUUUCUAGGGUUUUGUAGAAACGGUUUCGUCAACAGGCCAGUAACACUAACGACCACGCUCUCCUCGAUCGAAACAAUUCCGGAAUCGUUGGAUUUGGAUGGCAAGAACUAUCUUGAUGAAAUCUUUGGUGGCAAGCCGUACCACGUUCAAUCCACUCUGCACCUGAAGCUGAAAGAGAGAAUCCCCGUUGUUCACGGCUUCAACAAAGCAAAGACCGAUGACGACGAUGCCUGGCAAGUACUGAAGGCGCAUGUGUUUAGCUGCAGCGAGCAAUUGGAGAUGGUGAGGGUUGGAUUCGAGGAGAUAUUGGACAAUGAGAGGGAUUUAAGCAAGGCGAGUCAAGAUUGUGUUCUUGAGUAUCUGGAGAAACUUGACAAGUACAUAGUCAUGUUGAAGGGUAUUAAGUUGGCCAUGGAGAAGUGUGAGAGGGAGAAUGGAAAUGUUAAGUAUUAUCUUAGGUUGUGGAGCAAGCUCGUUGAGGAAAUUAGGGUCUUCGAGGGAAACAUGGUUUGUGCUUUGAAGCAGCUCAAGGAACUUGAGCAAGAAUAAUCUGGGACCACUUUUCAUAGCUUUUUUCGUUUCUCAGCAACUCGGUUGUGCUGUGACUAGUUGAUAGAUGAAUCAUUCCUUACUAGGAACCCUAUGAAAUCCAUGUGGAAUUAUUCGCUUGUAAUGAAAUCUCGAGCAGAGAAUCAACUUCUGUGUAAGUGAAUUUGUGACUCUAAUUUCCUAUGGAUAAUAGUGUUUGCAGGUGUGUAUUAAACUAUUAAUUAAAUUUGUUAGUUUGUUAUUUGGGUCAGUUAGUAGUUUAGUCCUAGCAGGAAGGUUAGUUUUCCAUGUAAAUAUACACAGUUUCUGGAAUGUUGGAAUAUCAAUAAGAGUUUACAUUUUUCUCAUUCA